AUGAGCCGCGUACAAGUCUGCCAGGCGGAAGCAAUCUUAAAAAUUGCUCCCAGAGGCACCGAGCGAAGGCCAAGACCCGAAGGUUUGAACCGGUUGCCUCACAUUGUCGAGGCAUUCAGGGACCUCGCGAGUUACACAAGCCGCGGUGGUGUAGCACUACCGACUCGUUGCUUUCCCGCUGAACCGUACUUCUUUGCAUCCCCUCGGGAUCCAAAGUGCAAGAUCAACCUGACUGCCAUUCUCGCUGCCAUUCUGGCCUGCUACUCUAGGAUACUUCCACCAUCGGGGGGCUCGUUUCUCUGUGCUUGUGUGCGUUUAAGGGUGAGGAGGAUAGGGACCCCGGAAAGAAAGAUCGAGAAAAGAAUGGAAAAAUAUCCGGACAAGGAGUUCUACUAUAUCCAGAUGGAGAAAUACGCGAGGCAAGCUGUUUCGGAAGGUGUAAAGAACGUAGAUGACCUUCGAGUUGGAGGUGACUCGGAAAUCUAUCGAGUUCUCAACCUUCAUUACAACAGAAAUAACCAUAUUGAGGUAAAUUAUUCGUUACGCAUACCAUGCACAAAAGAUUGAAGAAAACUGAAACUCGUUGAACUCUUGACAAUAUAAUAAAAAAUAUAACAAUAUAGAAAUAUAGAAAUAUAGUAAUCAGAAAUUAAGUGGUAGAGACAGUACUUUCUAA